AUGGCCUUGCAGAGGAGCCUGCCCACCGACGUCCCCGGCAGCGAGCUGGAGGGGGUGACGGGAGCCCCGUACUGCGAUGGCUUCCUGGCGCUGAUGGACAUUUACCAUGAGAAAGCCAAGCACCAGGAGGGCGCGAGGGCAGCUUUCCGGGUCCUUGACCAGCGCAAGGGCUACACUGACUGGAACACCCGGAAGUGGGGCUUGGGCCUGGGCAGGGGCGGGUGCGCGCUCAUGAAUGCAGUGGAGCCCCUAAACGAAGAAGUAGAGGGGGAGAUGAUGAUGAAGGAGGCUGACAAGGAUGGGGGUGGGGGUGGAACCCUCGACUACGAAGGAUUUGUGGCCAUGACUGGAGAGUCCUUCCAACUGGCACAGCAGGACAGCUGCUGCAACCGAGACGCCUGUCUGAGGCAGGCCCGCCCACUGCCGCUCGCCCUGCCUGCAGCUCCGCAUCAAGUAAAUGCUCCAGCCAGAGUCAGGCGUGCCCCACGGUCGGUCCCUACCUGGAGAGGAGGGGCGGCGCUUAGAACAGGAUCCCGGUCACUCUGCGACCACACCUGA